AUGAAACGCUGCAACUUUAAUAAGCUUAUGGAGUUAUGCAAAGAUUAUCAUGAAGCAUACACUGCUCUUUAUAUGCUGAAAUCAUCUGACGAAACAAAAAUCAACCAAGUCUAUGAAGGUCUCAAAAACAAAUUAUUGGAUACAAAAGUUGUCACUCCAGCACAAAUGUGUAAGUCUAUUUCGAAUGCAGCAAUAUUUAAUAACAAAUAUAUUAUAUCAUACUUUAUUUUAUUCAAAAAGAUAUUUGACGAAUUAAUUUCAGAUCGGACAGAAAUAUUAUCUUAUAAAGAAAGUAAACUUAAUAGUGUGUAUUAUAAGUUCAUAGAUGCUAUCCAGAGGGAAAAAGAAAUAAAUCAAGAUCCUCAAGAUAUUUUAUGUAUCGAAAAAGAGAACCCCAUUUUCAAGGCAAUUAUGGAUGACGAUUUACGAGCUUUUAUAGCUUUUUCAGAAUUCGAAGGAUUUCGUGAAGAUCAAAAAUAUGUGAGUGAUUUCUUUCCAGAUAGUAUUACCGAAAUUGGAGGUAUCCAAGCAGGAACUAAAAAGGAAUAUUCAUUACUUGAAUUAUGUUGUUAUUAUGGAUCAGUUGAUUGUUUUAAGUUUUUAAGAACACGAUUCAAUUCAAUUAUCACUAAAGAUUGUCUUCAGUUUUCAUUUUUGAGCGGAAAUCCAGACAUUAUGUCCCAAUGCAUAAAGAGUCAUGUAGAAUAUUAUAAUUGCAUGCCAUAUGCGAUCAUUUCACACAAUAUUGACUUUAUUUCUUUCUUGAUCAAUGAGAAACAUCAAACUAUUAAUUUAAGAUAUUGUAUUGAGUUUAAUAAUAUAUUAGCAUUUUUGGUACAUUUGGAUCAAUUUAAUGCUAUCAACGAAUGCUUUCCUGCCUCAAUUCAUUUCAACAUCAAAGGACUCCGGGGUUAUCUUCUUUCGCAUGGUGCAGAUCCUAAUGCUACAACCAUUGAUAAGUUAACAGCUCUUCAUUUAUCAAUUCUUGAAAAAAACACACGAAGAGUACAAUUUCUUAUUGCAAAUGGUGCCAAUGUUAACGUAUUAGAUUCUAAAUUUAGAACUCCACUUCAUUGUGCUGCCGAAAAUAACUGCUUGGAAAUAGCAAAAAUUCUCUUAUCACAUGGCGCAAAAAUAAGGGUUAAUGAUAAAAAUUAUCAAACACCACUUCAUUAUGCAGCUCGAGGUAAUGCGAAGGAAAUUGUCGAAUUGCUCCUUUCACAUGAUGCGUUUGUCAACGAUCUUGAUAAAAAUGGAAUGGCACCUAUUCAUAUUGCAGCAUUAUAUAAUAGCAAGGAAACAUUAGAAUUUCUUUUGUCACACGGAGCAUCCACCCAAAACAUAAUGAUUAAGAGAACAACUCUACUUAUGAUUGCUGCAAUGGGAAAUAGUAAAGAAACUGCAGAAUUUCUUAUUUCUCAUGGAGCUGAUGUCAAUUCCAAUGAUGGUCGGGGUACUCCACUUCAUUAUGCAGUCAUUAAUAAUAGCGUUGAAACAGCUAAAGUUCUGAUUGAACAUGGAGCAAUCUUCGACUCAAAAGUAUAUAGUAUUACAAUUCCACUUCAUAUUGCAGCAUUAAUGGGGAAAAAAGAGUUCGCCGAAUUGUUUUUUUCACCUGUGGCAAAUACAUUUACAUUUGAUUAUUAUAAAAAAAGAACUCUACUUCAUAUUGCAGCAAUAAAGGGAAAAAAGAGAUUGUGGAAUUGCUUUUAUCACAUGGGGCAAAUAUCAACCAAUUUGAUUCUUCUAAAAGUACUCCCCUUCAUAUUGCAGCAAUAA